GUGGUCAGACAUAUGUUAGGAGCUGCAAGGAUGAUGUUCCUUCCCUCCCUGACGCUGCUCGCUGACCGGCACAGCCCCGUGCAGCGGCUCCAAUAAGGAUGUACGGGGAUGGGGAGGGCACCGUGUGGGACCGGGUCGCGCGUCCCCACCGGGACUGUAUGUGCUACCUUGGACCUCCGACUAACUUGCUGCCCAUCGGGAUGCGCAAGUCGCCCGAAGUGAGCCCCAGAAGGCUUUCGGACAUCAGCCCUCAGCUCAGACAGCUCAAGUACCUGGUGGUGGACGAGGCCAUCAAAGAGGACCUCAAGUGUUCCCGCUCAGUUGAGGACAUCAACAGCGCAUCCAUAGAGGAGCGAAUACUGCGGAUCACCGGCUACUAUGGCUACCAACCUUGGAGUGGCAGCUAUAAGAGCUGCUGCAGCUCCCCUGACGUUUUCUGUUACUGCUCAGGGGAAGACCGGCCCAGGGAGCACGCGGUGCACGGCGGCCAAGAUGUGCAGUCGGCGGCGGGUGCGGCAGGACCCGAGGCGGCAUCCAGCAAGCGAAGGCUGCACUGUUGCAUCCGGAUAACGAUGGUGCAGGUGCGGAAGGCCCUGUGGGGAGUCGCCAUGGUGAUGUGCGUUUGCUCGUCGUGGGCAGGCUCCACCCAGCUGGCCAAGUUGACCUUUAAGCACUUUGACGCCCCUUUUACCCUCACUUGGUUCGCCACCACCUGGAACUGCCUCUUCUUCCCGCUCUACUACAUGGGCCACCUGUGCAAGAGUCCGGAGAGGCAAACGGCCAGACAGAGAUUAAGGGAGUGUUGUCGGUUUUUUGGGGAUGACGGGCUGAACCUCAAAGUGUUUUUCACCAAGGUGGCCCCAUUCGGCCUGCUGUGGAUCCUCACCAACUACUUGUACCUGCAGGCCCUCAGGAAGAUCAACACGACGGAUGCGUCUGCGCUCUUCUGUUGUAACAAGGCCUUCGUCUUCCUGCUCUCCUGGAUUGUACUCCGAGACCGCUUCAUGGGGGUCAGGAUAGUUGCUGCCAUCUUGGCCAUAGCGGGCAUCGUCAUGAUGACCUACGCUGAUGGCUUCCACAGCCACUCGGUCAUUGGCAUCACCCUGGUUGUUACUUCAGCGUCCAUGUCUGCGCUAUACAAGGUGCUCUUCAAGAUGGUUCUGGGCAGUGCCAAAUUCGGGGAGGCUGCACUCUUCCUGACCAUUGUUGGAGCCGCCAACUUUGUGUUCAUGAGCAUUGUGCCCGUCAUCCUAUAUUUCACGCGAGUAGAGUACGUUGGAUCAAUAGGUGAUGUCCCCUGGGGGUACCUGUGUGGCGUCGCAGUCCUGCUUUUUGCUUUCAACAUCCUGGUCAACUUUGGUAUCGCUGUUACAUAUCCAACGUUAAUAUCGCUCGGCAUCGUCUUAAGUGUUCCCGUCAAUGCCAUGGUGGACCUCUACAUGUGUGAGAUCCAUUUCAACACGGUGCGCCUCAUCGCCGUCUCCAUCAUUUGCCUGGGCUUCCUCAUGCUGCUCCUUCCAGAGGACUGGGACAAGUGCAUCAUCCAACUCAGCACCAGGCUACGCAAACGUGACGAGCCGGCAGAGGGAGGCGUGGAGGCGGCGGCCGCCACAGGGCUCAACUGGAGGGGCCGAGCCAGGACGUCCUUGUCCACAUUUGUACGCUGAUAAGGAAACGAGCACCAUGUGAGCUUUUCGCUCUCCUUGGAACCGAACUCUGGUAUGUGAACAAGAAGAGAGAGCUGGUCAGGUGCAUGACAAAAUGUCAAUCAUUCCAUCAGUUCACCACAUCCUUAAUAACUUGCCUGAGGAAACAUCUUUUUGGGGAAGGCUUGCGCAAUAUGUGGACUUGCUGGAUUUAAAAGAAAACACUCAACAAUCCAAAGAAGAAAUGCCUCCAAAUGCCGAAUUCCUGCAAAUAGACGUGAGGUCCUUUGUGGCACCCCUCAGGCGUUACCAUGACGGACACUUUGUACAUACAGCAGCUUGGAGUUCACGCCUGCUGACCUCGUGUGCCCAUACGGUGAUCUCAAGAUGCUUUUACUGCACCUCUCUUCAUCUUUGCACCGCUCUGAUUGGCACCCAGCUGUCAUGUGCUCUCCUUGGUUUAAAAUCAGGGGGACACCCGUCGCUGCAAUCAUGUCAAAAAAAAACCCAGGUGGAAAAAAAAAAAUACAAGUGCAUUGCAUGUAGAGCUUGGUUUACCAUAGAAUGAGAAUACUUUCAAAGGUGGUUUAAGUACGAGAACCUCGAUUAACAAUUUAUAAAAGCAAAUAAAAAAAACACUUGGAUUUUUCCUUUGAACUGUGAACAGCAAACUUUUGAACUCAACACAUGCAGUUCAAAGUGUCACAUUAAGUUCACCCGCGCAAUCUAAUUAUACACAAUACAGAGUAGUAUUCAAAAAAGAUUGACAGUGGCAGUAAGGCAUUCAAUUAAAAAUAUGUUUCUUGUAUUUUGCUAACUGGAAGCUAGGUCUAAACGCCUGCUAACUCCCUAGAGGGGCGAGGGGGGGUUACCCACAUAUGCGGUCCUCUCCAAGGUUUCUCAUAGUCAUUCACAUUGACGUCCCACUGGGGUGAGUUUUCCUUGCCCGUAUGUGGGCUCUGUACCGAGGAUGUCGUUGUGGCUUGUACAGCCCUUUGAGACACUUGUGAUUUAGGGCUAUAUAAAUAAACAUUGAUUGAUUGAUUGAUUGAACUGAGGUAAUAUUAACGCAUUAUAAUUAAAAUAGUUUAAUAAAUGCCUCUAGUCAAAAUUUAGCAAUAUUUUCCACAUAAUUAGUACCGGUAGUAUUAUUUAGUAAUUCCUCGUAUGGUGGUUGCAGCGUUUCAUUACUCAGCUGCAGAGAGUAGCGGGUAAGAAAAGUGGAGGAAAUGAUCUACUAUGGGAUCCGGCAGUGAAGCGAGGCUCUACUACAAACUUUUUUAACGACGUGUUAUGAAAUGAGAUAGACACCUGAGCCUUGACAGAAGAGCCACAAGUGGGAACGUUGCCUUGAUGUGAAUGUAUUAACAUCACUACGUGCAAUAUGCUUUUUACUGUGCCACCAAGGACUUCUGUACACCUUCUUUUCUACAAGUACUCAUCCCUUGCUCCGACCCUCCCCCAAUGGUUUCGACCCCUACUUCACAGUUUUUCCAUUGUCAUUCUCUAUGACAAUAAACAAUGAUAUUCUAUUCCUCUGGAAUUAUCGCUAGACAUAAAUGUAAACCUUUGUAAGGAUUAAUUAUUUUAUACACUGAAACAUAGGAUUAUAACAAUUAAGGAGGUAAUAAAUGAUGGCGAAGGGGGGGUCUUAAAGUAUAAAGUAUAUUCACAUGUACCCCAUAAAAAACUAUUUCAAAUACAGACAUUGUCCAGCUUUGCUUUCUUCUUGACAAUUGUGUUUAAAUGUUUUAUGGACAUGUUUCAGUGAGAACUCUGCAAGUGUUUAUAUUUCUAAUCAAUACCGUUUUCUGUCUUAAAUUUUGGUUCCCUCCUUGUAGUCUACCAGCCGAGCUUUCUACAAGAUUUUAGUCCGUUUUCUAAGGGAAUUUAAGGUAAAUCAGUCUCUGUUAGUGUUUGAUGGAGUUGAGGUCAGGUUUUCAGCAAACAUGAACUGGAACUGUUCUCACAUGAUCCAUCCAUCCAUCCAAUUUCUACCACCUGUCCCUUUUGGGGUUGCAGGGGUGCUGGAGAUGAUGAAGAAUUAAAAAAAAAACUAAGGGUUCUUGUCCAACUCCUGAUUGGCUAAUUGACUGAUUGAAUUUUGGCCACUGCCUCAUGUGAUAAUAAUGUUUUCAAACAUGAUGUUCCACUGUAACUGUAAUCUGACCAUAAAUAAAAGUGGUUUUUGGUGCCAUUGUCAGAGCAGAGAAUGGUAGUUUGCUGCCCUCUUGCGACCUAGAGGGGACCUGCAGGCAGUCCACCCUCCUGCCCCCACAAGGUUGCUGCCACAUGGAGCAGGAUUUAGGGGCCUCUUCGUGGAGACACACUUUGCAUUCGUUGGAAUUAGGCUUGAAGUGAGCACUGAUGGUAAAAAUUG